AUGCAUGCUGCUGCUGCUGCUGGCCGUCCCAGUUGGUGCGUUGCUGCUGCUGGUCGAGUCGUGCUGGCUGAAGUACGAGCAGCAGCAGCAGCAGCCGCCCCCGCCGGCCGAUGUCACACUCCUGGUCGUCCUGAUCGUGCUCCAGUGGCUGAUCGCGUUUGUCGCCGUCGGAGCGGCGUCCUCCGCGCUAAUCGUGGACCUCGUCGCCACGCCCGUGUGCGCGUCGUACCAGCUCGCCGCCGACGGGACGGCAUGUGCCGGCGGGGCUCUCGCUGCGGCGUCGGCGGUCGGGCUGCUCUGGGUCCUCUGGUCCCGGUUGCACCAUGCCCAGGCGCCUCCGCAGGCUCAAGCCUAACUCCUUCCUUUGUCGCCGACGCCGACGGUCUCUUCUUGCUUCAUUUCCCCCAUCUUCUGUUUCGUUAUGCAUCUUUGUUCAAGACUGAGAACGGCAUGGCCACCCGGUCUUGA